AUGGCAUCUAACCACGGCGAGGCUUCGUCCACGAAGCAGGCUGCCAACACUGAAGAUCUAAUUGCACUUGCCAAGUCAGCGCUUGCGGAGACGGAGCAGAAGCAACUCGCCGCCCUAGAUGGUGGUGCGCAACUACCGUUUGGCUAUGGCACGCAGCCCGGCGACACUCUUGAUCUGAGUGAUAAGGGCGUGCGCACAUUGCCUGUCUUCCAUCUCAGGAAACUUCAGAUCCUGGAUCUCAGUCACAACAACAUCACUUCGGUCCCGGAAGAUGUCGGCCUUAUGUAUUCGCUCAUGUUCUUGGCCAUUGAGUCGAACCAGAUCAAACGUUUGCCCCUUUGUAUGGGCGAAAUGUCGCGCCUGCAGAAGCUGAAAGUCGGAUCGAAAUCAAUGGAGUUUCCACCACCGGAAGUCUUUGUUCCCAACCCUCUCGGCGCUUCUCCAGGCGGUCCUCCAGUGGAAGAGGCACGUCAGGUUUGCUCGCAGGUCAAGUUGUUUCUCCGUGAAUAUAAACAACGCGAGAUUCUGGGAAGAGAGACCCCGGAUCUUAGUGAGACCAGUCUAGAAACGCCACGUCCUCCAAAGAGGUCAAUAUCAGGCAGGUUUCCUGUUAGACCGAGCAUGAGUGGCAUUGAAGGGCUUGACAACCUCAGAUCAGGCGAUGGACUAGGCCUCAAGCCGCCACCACCAAUCCCGCAGAGGUCCCGUGCCAGAGACUCUCUGGUGAAUCCUCCGAUAGGUCGUCGCUUCGAUCGUCCGGGCAUUGGAGUGCUCGCUGGUGAAGGUGAAAAUGGCAGAACUCGAAGCGAAACUGUCACCUCUACUGGUGCCCGAAACAAACGACUUGGCUAUGUCCCUCGCAAGAUCUCUGGAAGCUCUCAUACGUCAGUGACCGAUACUGGCACACUCAAAGCACACCACUAUAGAGGAGCUUCGAGCUUGAGUCUCGCUGCCCACAGUGGUAACGAGUCUUCUUCUGGGGCAGUCAGUCCUAUGGAGCCUUCCAACCGUAUGCCAGUAGCUCGCCGUCGAUUGUCCAGUCUACCGGAAGACCGUCGAGUAUCAAGACCAACCAGCAUGACUGUCAAACUUGCAAGUAGAAUUGUAUUUGCCCUGUUUCAGCUGAACGGUCCCAUUGGCGAUGCCGUGCGAAUAAUGAAGAGUGGUACGCCCAGAAAGACGACAAUAGAGAGAAUCUUCUUUGAAUCGAGCGCAAGUCUUGAAGAACUUGACAGACGACUGAGCCAGAUCUCCACUGGCACUGGGGAGAGCAGAGCAUCAGAAAAUGACCCCUGGAUUCAAGCCAUUCGCAGAAAGUGUGCGCAUGUUCUCCAAAGUUAUGCCGCUCUUGCUGCAGAGCUCCGUCUUCAUGCUCGCAAGAUUGCACUCCGUGGUGAAGGCAUGUAUGUUAGAAGCCUCAUGCUCCAUAUCUACGGCGCUCUGACCGAGAUUCGCAACACUUUGACGUUCCAGGCUACAGAAGUCAAAGCACCAUCGAGAAGUGCUCGUGGAUCGUUGGCGACUAUCAGUCGGGCUAGCACACCCACCCAACCAAAACCAAUUGCACCGAAGAAGAGAUUACGCGGUGCUACCAUAUUACAACCUUCACGACUGACAACUCCCGGAACUGCUCCUCCUCCAGUUCCUCUCAGCACGAGCCGAAGCAACACCAUGACAAGCAUGAGUGCCGUGACACCACGUUCUGGCGAGUCGUUCUCAUCAGCCUCUGGUAUCCCGCGGUCAGUUGUACUGCAGCAGCCGCCCGAGGAAAGCGAAGAGCAACGUCAGUUCGAGUCGAUCUUCUUGAAACUUCAGCAUGCAUGCGAACUUGCUGCGCAGACUCUCCCAAGUUGCAGGGUCGACUUUUACAGCCGGAACGAGUCAGCCAAACGAUCAAUGCAGGGAUCAAUGUCACGUCUCUGGUCGAUGGCUCUCCAAAAAUGUGAUGUUGCAAUCAAUGCUUUGGAGUCGAUGAGAAAUCGCCUGUCUAAGGUUAAACUCAAGGACCCUAAUCUGCGUACUCAGCGAGACUUCUGGCUGUUGUGCGACAAGUUCGUGCGGACAUGGUUGGAUCUCGCUCUUGAGAUUAGAAACAUUGGAAACCAAGGCUACGAUACGGAUUCUGUCAAGGUAGUCAUGCGACCAGUGCAAAAGGCAGUCAAGGAGGUCAGUAUCGCUGUCAACGGAUCGCAGCUAUACCAGGCAGCACUUCGAUCGAAUUCGGUGUCCGGAUACGUGACACCGGUGCCUGCGACCCCUUUGAGCGCAGCACUUGGACCAGCAGCACUUGCGACAGUCCCUUCGACGCCAAGCUCUGUGGUCGUCCCAUCAGAGUAUAUUGCUUCGGGUCUGCAGAGUGCAGCUGAGAGGCAGUCAGAUGCUCCUAGUCUGCGCAGCUAUCCUCGAGGACGAGGAGUAUAA